ACCUUUUCAAGUCAUCAUCAUACAGCAUGCAUAUUUCUGUCACGCAUGCCACGCUGCUGCGCCUGCUCAGUGCACCCACCACAGACUGUUCAGUGACAAAUGAACCACUAUCCCGUUAGAAGUAGGUAGCCCGUGUGCUCCAGUAUGGACCCACUGUAGACGUCGCGGCUAUUGUUGCGAUUCCGCGAUUUGGGUGACAACUCCCGUGGAUCUAAAAUUCCAGGAGCGACGGGAUAAUGAGAAGAGGGAAUUAUAAUAUUUAUAUUGCAGGGAUAGCGCAGAGAGAUAUCCACAAUAAAAGAUAUUGACAUGAAGAAAGACAUUGAGACGUGGAUAGCAGAGGAACGCGCUGACCUCAUCUUGAAAUAUGAUACGGAGGAAGAGUUCGCACUUCUUUGAGCGUGUUGUUAAAAAGAGUGACCGUCGCUCUAAGAGGGAGAAGAAAGAGAAGCCGAAUUUGAAUGGCAGACAGGAGGGGGCGGUGAUUGACUCCUGGGAGGAUGCAGACUACAGUAUUUACAGAGUCACCGACCGUUUCGGAUUUCUGCAUGACAAGGAGCUGCCAACCCCUAGUGCACAUGAGGAGAAGAAAAAUAACCUGGAAAUUGAAAGAGCUGAGAAAUGGCUGAAGAUGGUGAAGAAAUGGGAUAAAUACAGGAUCAGUGACAGGAUGGUAAAGCGUGUGUAUAAGGGUAUCCCACUACAGCUGAGAGGCCAGGCCUGGGCCCUGAUGCUAGAUGUGGAGAAGGUGAAGAAUGAGAACGAGGGAAAGUAUGAGAGGAUGAAGGAACAAGCCAGAAUCUUCUCCCAGGAAAUCAAACAGAUAGAUCUGGACGUGAACAGGACAUUUAGAAACCACAUCAUGUUCAUGGAUCGAUUCGGAGUCAAGCAGCAGUCUUUAUUUCAUGUCCUGUCUGCCUAUUCGGUCUACAACACAGAGGUGAGUUACUGCCAGGGCAUGAGCCAGGUCGCCGCCUUGCUGCUGAUGUACAUGAAUGAGGAAGACGCCUUCUGGGCCCUGUCACAGCUACUGACCAAUCAGAAGCAUGCCAUGCACGGUUUCUUUAUUCCUGGGUUUCCCAAACUGCAGCGCUUCCAGGCGCACCACGAUCAAAUUCUCUCCAAACUCAUCCCCAAACUGAAGAAACAUCUGGACAGGGAACAGAUGUCCUGUGGGAUCUACAGCACUAAAUGGUUCCUGCAGUGCUUCAUUGACAGGACCCCGUUCACCCUGACUCUACGUCUGUGGGACAUCUACAUUCUGGAAGGAGAGACGAUCCUUACCGCCAUGUCCUACACAAUCCUUAGAAUAUUUAAGAAGCGUCUCCUGAAGAUGAAUCUGGAGGACCUGAGAGAGUUCCUUCAGGACAAGAUCGGCCUGUCGUUCCUCUACAGCGAUGACGUCAUCAUCGAUCAGCUGCAGGCCUCCAUGGCGGAACUAAGGAAGAUGAAGCUGGACCUUCCACCCCCAGCCAAGCCAGAGGAACUGCCACGGAAGGUCCUGGGUUUGGAGCUACCUGUUCUGCUCACCCCUCUCAAGCCCCCCAGGGGAGUCACCUCUGACCCGGGCACCAAACGACCAGGAGCAGGGCCUCUGGGUCUCCACAUCAUCACCCACCAGCCAGAUGUCAUCUCCCAAGACAACAGCCCCUCUAAGGAGGCAAGGAAGGACAAGGAAGCUCUAAAUAGGGAGGAAGAGGAAGAUGAGGAAAUCCUUCUUCCAUCUCCAGACCCCAUUCUCAUCCACACCAUCCAAGCUCAAGUGACCCCCGAUGGGCCUCCCCAGGCUGGGGCUGGGCCACCACCUUAUGAGCCACCAGGGAGCAAUGAGCACAAUGUUAUGGGACAGCCUGCCAUUCUUAUGCCACUCCACAAAGAAAUAAGUGUUAAGAGCUCAUCUGGUCCAGUGGCUUUACCAGAGACACAGGCCGUAGUUCAACAGGGUACAAACACACCUCCACAAAUCCCCAUGGAGGAGCCGACCCUGACUCCCCCAGUUGCCCCUUUAUCCCUUAGCCCUCCACAGCCACCCUGCAGGGUCCCCCGGACUCAGUCAGCAACCUUAGCCCAGGCUUCCCGGCGGCCUAUGUGAGAGUGAGAGCCUAUCGGUGGGGGUGGGGGAGAGAGCGGAGGAUAGGUACCUGGCCAGGCUUCUGGAGCAGGCCUUGGCUCUGCCUAAACACAGGGCCCAGACAGGAGACAAAGGAGAGCCAGAAGGGCCAGUUCGAUUCUAGAGCAUUGCAAAGCAUUCUAAGGUCCCCCCUGUUGUCUACAAAACAGACAUUGCAGAAAAAUUGUGUCAUGUUGUAGGAGAAGCUGCCAUAGUGGAGUUCCAAGGGACAGUGCCACAUUCUCUCCCAUCAUAGUGAAAGCAUUACAGCUUACUUAAUUUGAGUAGUUUUGUAAUAUUUUAACAAUGGACAUAAUGUUUGCUUAGAUAGCCUCUGUAAAAUAUUUUCUAAUAUAGUCUUAUUUUAGUAUAGUUUUAUAUUCUUAUGUGGACACCUGCUUGUCGAACAUCUCAUUCCAAAAUCAUGGGCAUUAAAUAAAUAUGGAGUUGGUCCCCCCUUUGCUGCUAAAACAGCCUCCACUCUUCUGGGAAGGGUUUCCAAUAUACACUGCUCAAAAAAAUAAAGGGAACACUUAAACAACACAAUGUAACUCCAAGUCAGUCACACUUCUGUGAAAUCAAACUGUCCACUUAGGAAGCAACACUGAUUGACAAUACAUUUCACAUGCUGUUGUGCAAAUGGAAUAGACAACAGGUGGAAAUUAUAGGCAAUUAGAAAGACACCCCCAAUAAAGGAGUGGUUCUGCAGGUGGGGACCACAGACCACUUCUCAGUUCCUAUGCUUCCUGGCUGAUGUUUUGGUCACUUUUGAAUGCUGGCGGUGCUUUCACUCUAGUGGUAGCAUGAGAUGGAGUCUACAACCCACACAAGUGGCUCAGGUAGUGCAGCUCAUCCAGGAUGGGACAUCAAUGCGAGCUAUGGCAAGAAGGUUUGCUGUGUCUGUCAGUGUAGUGUCCAGAGCAUGGAGGCGCUACCAGGAGACAGGCCAGUACAUCAGGAGACGUGGAGGAGCAACAACCCAGCAGCAGGACCGCUACCUGCGCCUUUGUGCAAGGAGGAGCACUGCCAGAGCCCUGCAAAAUGACCUCCAGCAGGCCACAAAUGUGCAUGUGUCUGCUCAAACUGUCAGAAACAGAUUCCAUGACGGUGGUAUGAGGGCCCGACGUCCACAGGUGGGGGUUGUGCUUACAGCCCAACACCGUGCAGGACGUUUGGCAUUUGCCAGAGAACACCAAGAUUGGCAAAUUCGCCACUGGUGCCCUGUGCUCUUCACAGAUGAAAGCAGGUUCACACUGAGCACGUGACAGACGUGACAGAGUCUGGAGAUGCUGUGGAGAAUGUUCUGCUGCCUGCAACAUCCUCCAGCAUGACCAGUUUGGCGGUGGGUCAGUCAUAAUAAUAAUAAAUAAUAAUAUGCCAUUGAGCAGACGCUUUUAUCCAAAGCGACUUACAGUCAUGUGUGCAUACAUUCUACGUAUGGGUGGUCCCGGGAAUCGUCAUGGUGUGGGGUGGCAUUUCUUUGGGGGGCCGCACAGCCCUCCAGGUACCGAGAUGAGAUCCUCAGACCCCUUGUGAGACCAUAUGCUGGUACAGUUGGCCCUGGGUUCCUCCUAAUGCAAGACAAUGCUAGACCUCAUGUGGCUGGACUGUGUCAGCAGUUCCUGCAAGAGGAAGGCAUUGAUGCUAUGGACUGGCCCGCCCGUUCCCCAGACCUGAAUCCAAUUGAGCACAUCUGGGACAUCAUGUCUCGCUCCAUCCACCAACGCCACUUUGCACCACAGACUGUCCAGGAGUUGGCGGAUGCUUUAGUCCAGGUCUGGGAGGAGAUCCCUCAGGAGCCCAUCCGCCACCUCAUCAGGAGCAUGCCCAGGCGUUGUAGGGAGGUCAUACAAGUACGUGGAGGCCACACACACUACUGAGCCUCAUUUUGACUUGUUUUAAGGACAUUACAUCAAAGUUGGAUCAGUCUGUAGUGUGGUUUUCCACUUUAAUUUUGAGUGUGACUCCAAAUCCAGACCUCCAUGGGUUGAUAAAUUUGAUUUCCCUUGAUCAUGUAAUGAAAAAAGUAUUCAUUAAGAAUAUUUCAUUCAUUCAGGUCUAGGAUGUGUUCUUUUAGUGUUCCCUUAAUUUUUUUGAGCAGUGUAUGUUGGAACAUUGCUGCGGGGACUUGCUUCCCUUCAGCCAUAAGAGCACUGAUGUUUGGCGGUUAGCCCUGGCUCGCAGUCAGUGUUCCAAUUCAUCCCAAAGAUGUUUGAUGGGUUUGAGGUCAGGGCUCUGUGCAGGCCAGUCAAAUUCUUCCACACCGAUCUUGACAAACCAUUUCUGUAUGGACCUCACUUUGUUCACAGGGUUAUUAUCAUGCUGAAACAGGAAAGGGUCUUCCCCAAACUGUUGCCACAACGUUGGAAGCACAGAAUCAUCUAGAAUGUCAUUGUAUGCUGUAGCGUUAUGAUUUCCCUUCACUGGAACUAAGGGGCCUAGCACAAACCAUGAAAUAUAGACCCGGACCAUUAAUCCUCCUCCACCAAACUUUACAGUUGGCACUAUGCAUUUGGGCAGGUAGUGUUCUCCUGGCAUCCGCCAAAACCAGAUUAGUCCGUCGGACUGCCAGAUGGUGAAGCGUGAUUCAUCACUCCAGAUAAUACAUUUCCACUGCUCCAGAGUCCAAUGGUGGCAAGUUUCACACCACAGCCAACGCUUGGCAUUGCACAUGGUGAUUUUAGGCAUGUGUGCGGCUGCUCGGCCAUGGAAACCCAUUUCAUGAAGCUCCUGAUGAACAGUUAUUGUGCUGAUGUUGCUUCCAGAGGCAGUUUGGAACUCGGUAUUGAGUGUUUCAACCAAGGACAGAAUAUUUUUUACGCGCUAUACACUUCAGCACUUGACAGUCCUGUUCUGUGAGCUUGUGUGGCCUACCACAUCGCGACUGAGACGUAGUUGUUCAUAGAUGUUUCCACUUCACAAUAACAGCACUUACAGUUGACUGGGGCAGCUCUAGCAGGGCAGAAAUGUGAUGAACUGACUUGUUGGAAAGGUGGCAUCCUAUGACGGUGCCACAUUGAAAGUCUCUGAGCUCAUCAAUACGGGCCAUUCUACUGCCAAUAUUUGUCUAUGGAGAUUGCAUGGAUGUGUGCUCUAAUGUAUACACCUGCCAGCAACGGGUAGUCUGAAAUAGCCAAAUCCACGAAGUUGAAGGGGUGUCCACAUUCUUUUGGGCAUUUAGUGUAUCUUUGCUUCUAGAGCAAAUGCCUUAAUUUAAUCUGUACCAUCAGUGCUGCAAUUAGAAUCAUGCUGGCUUGGUAACAGGAGAUGUAUUGUUAAUGUAAAGUGAAGUGAAGUGUCAUUGAAAAGGUCAUUACAAAACAGAAAGGACAGCAAUUGCUCAUGUUUUCAAAUGACGAAACCUGACACACUGGGCGAGUUCGUUUUGCAUGGCCAGGUGCCCCGGGUGGGCAGAGUUUGCACACUUUCCAUUGGUCCUUAAGGGAAAUCUCCAUCCACCCGGGGCACCAGGCCAUGCAAAACGAACUGGCCCAAUGUGUGCAAGGUACUUCAUAAUGAAGAGUGAGCUAGCUCACUGAUCAUUUGGAUUGUAAACAAUAACAGUAAGGGCGGGAUUCAAUCUGAGCACGCUUUGUCAGCAAUACAGGUUUCGCAGGGACCACAUUCACGGUAAAUGCUGCAUAUGUCGGCUCAAUCUGAAAUGAACUUUAAAUUGUGCAUUGUCCAAAUCUGCAACAGGAUUGAAUCCCAGCCUAAUAUCAGUAUACCAGGUGUUCAGUACUUCACAAGGCUGCAGGGGGCCGCAUUUCUUCGUCCAUUAAUUGAGGUCACUUGAGGCCAAAUGCUUGAUAUUUUAGCUGUAGGCCGAGUGUAGAUGGAUUUUGUACUGGUCAUCCACAACAACAACAAAAUCAGCAUAGGUGAAGGCAAUUGGGGAUAUGUGUGACUUGUCAUUUAGCAAGAAUAAUUAAUAUUUAAAUCAAAUUUUCUAUUUUUGUUAUGUUUAAGCUUAAAAUGAAAACAUGUUUUGUGUUUUCUUGGCUUAUCAUUGACCUAGCAAAAUGUAUUUUCAGAAUAUUGGAUCUUUGCUGUAAUAUAUUAUAAAGAUUAUUUGUAUUUGUAAGAAGAGCAUGUGUUGAUAUUUGUACUCAUUGUGUUGUAGAAGAAACACACUGAAGUUUUAAAUACUGGCUAUAGAGAUGCUGUAGUAGUAAAUAGCCUAAUUAUGAUGUUGAAGUAGCCCUUAACAUUUUUCGAUUGUACUAGAGCACCAAUUGAUUUUCUUACUUUACUGACAUCUAGUGAACAAUUUGCGUAUAGCAUUUAAUUUGUCCGCUGGCACGUUGGUUGGUUAAACGAAGACAAAGUUUCAUCAUAAGCCGAAAUAUUAUAAUCAUCAAUCAUAAGAGUGUUGUUAAAUAAAUGGACCGAGUGCUCCACUGCAGAAGCCCAGUAUUUAUUUACCUGCAUAGGUCUACAGCAAUUUCAAUGGUAAUGUCUUGCACUUUGCUCUUUAUCCACAGAAAAACAGGCUAAGGAAGAAAGGUUUUGUAUGAGUUCUAAAUUCAUGUUUGUACAUUGAUAUGCCUUAUUUUGUAAGGUGUUGACAGUCAAAGCCAAACAUAUGUGGUUAUAAUUAGUGUGUAAUCUAUGCUAUGAUCCCCUGAGACUGUUCAAUAAUGAUUUGUCAAAUACAGCACAUGUUUUCUAAAUGGU